AUGGCCACCAACGUCGUCCUAGAAACCUCAAUGGGCAACAUCACCCUCGAGCUCUACACAAAGCACGCCCCCAAAACGACCAAGAACUUCUCCACCCUCGUCCAGCGCGGCUACUACAACUCCACAGUCUUCCACCGCAUCAUCCCCGACUUCAUGAUCCAGGGCGGCGACCCCACGGGCACCGGCCGCGGCGGCGCCUCCAUCUACGGCGACAAGUUCGAGGACGAGAUCGACCCGUCGCUCAAGCACGCCGGCGCGGGCAUCCUCAGCAUGGCCAACGCCGGGCCCAACACCAACGGCUCGCAGUUCUUCAUCACGCUCGCGCCCACGCCUUGGCUCGAUGGGAAGCACACCAUCUUUGGGAGGGUCAAGAGCGGCAUGGGCGUCGUGAGGAGGAUGGGCUUGGUGCCGACGGGCCCGGAGGAUAGGCCGCUUGAGGAGGUCAAGAUCUUUCAGGCGAGGGUUCUGGAGGCUGAGGAUGAGGUUUGA